ACCUAACCCGACAGGCCCACCUUCAUUCUCUGUUACUUCUCUACUCCCUCUCAGUCUCAAUCUCUCUCUCAAAGUCUCAAACUUUGAAAUUCCCAAAACCCUUUGGGGUGUGGAGCUCACAGAUCGCCUUGUAUUCCAGGUUCAUUGUGUUUCUGUAUCUGGUAAAGACUGCUGCAGAAGAGAUUGACCUUGCAUUGGUGAUGGUGGAUGCGUGGUGGUCCCUGUUAGCUGCUAUCCCUGCAGUGGUUGCAGGACAAGCAUAUCGGGUCAAGAAAAGGCGCGCUGAAGAGCAGAGAUUAAAGAGUGCUAGGGGAAGGGAGAAGAGUUCUGAUGAGAUUUUUGUCUGUGAGAGGGUAUGCACAUCAAAGAGAAUGCUCAAAAAGGUAGGUGCGUUCUCAAAGGACCCUAUUCCUGAUACGUGUGUUACUGUAUGUGGUGUCUCUGAGCUCGAUGCAUGCGCUGAUGCAUGUGCGCGCACUGUUUGCGUGAACCAACACCAAGUGCCCAACUGGAAUGACAUCUGCCUUCGGAGAUGCCAGAGUGAAUGUCUAAAACUCUCUUCCUCCAGUUCUUCGUAGGACGUUCUAUUUUGAUUUGAAAGAGAGGUGUGUAUAACAAGUUGAGUUAUCAUAGUGUUGUCAGCCACUCCCAUUUCUGAUAUGUAUUUUCUGAUUGCGGAUGUCAUUGAAUUGGUUAUCAAUAUUAAGCUUACAAGCAUGAACUAGGUAUUGGUGCUGCAUUUA